GAGGAAGAGUCAGAGGAGGAUGAGAGAUAGCAGCGCUGCAGAGAGCGAGCUCUGCGACGAGUGUUUACUCCACUUUCCCUGAGAGCCGGUUAUGUUCCCUCUGCGUGACUCAUGGAAGUGAUUUAGAGAUCUUGAGGCUCAUGUGGAAGUCCGUGGAGAAGAUGAGGUGCUUCAGGAAACGCUCCAUGUUCCCCUUCCUCGGCUUCCUCAUCACCUUCCUCCUCUUCUUCAACCUCUACAUGGACGAUGGAUACGUGCUGGAGGCAGAGAAGAGACAGCUGGGAGAGACGCUGAUGCAUCCUGGGAACUCAGAGAGAUACGUGCACACCUUCAGGGAUCUGUCCAACUUCUCCGGGACCAUCAACGUGACGUAUCGCUACCUCGCAGGAAUCCCUCUGCCUCGCAAAAAGUAUCUCACCAUCGGUUUGUCGUCUGUAAAGAGGAAAAAGGGGAACUACCUCCUGGAGACGAUCAAAUCCAUCUUCGAUCAGUCCAGCUACGAGGAGCUGAAAGAGAUCGUGGUGGUGGUCCACCUGGCAGACUUUGACCUGGCCUGGUGUGAGAACCUGGUGCAGGAGAUCACCAGGAAGUUUGCUCACCACAUCAUAGCGGGACGCCUGCUGGUGAUCCAGGCCCCGGAGGAGUACUACCCCUCUCUGGACGGGCUGAAGAGGAACUACAACGACCCGGAGGACCGCGUCCGGUUCCGCUCCAAGCAGAACGUGGACUACGCUUUCCUCCUCAACUUCUGCACCAACCUGUCUCACUUCUACAUGAUGCUGGAGGACGACGUGCGCUGCUCCAGGAACUUCCUGACGGGGCUGAAGAAGGUGAUCACCUCCAGAGAAGGGUCCUACUGGGUGAUGCUGGAGUUCUCUAAGCUGGGCUACAUCGGGAAGCUGUACCACUCCAGAGACCUGCCCCGCCUGGCUCACUUCCUGCUCAUGUUCUACCAGGAGAUGCCCUGCGACUGGCUGCUCAUCCACUUCAGGGGUCUGCUGGCCCAGAAGGACGUGAUCCGCUUCAAGCCCUCGCUGUUCCAGCACAUGGGCUACUACUCUUCCUACAAAGGAGCGGAGAACAAGCUGAAGGACGACGACUUCGAGGAAGACUCCAUAGACAUUCCUGACAACCCUCCUGCCAGCCUUUACACAAACAUCAACGUCUUUGAGAACUACGACGCCACCAAGGCUUACAGCACUGUGGACGAGUACUUCUGGGGGAAGCCACCGUGCACAGGGGAUUUCUUUCUUAUAAUCUUUAACAAAUCGACUAAAAUCAGCAGGAUUAAGAUAGUGACGGGCACCGAGGACAGACAGCAGGACGUCCUUCACCACGGAGCGCUGGAGGUGGGACAGAAGUCUGUGGACACUAAGCAGGGCCGGCAGUGCACGUCCUACAUCACGUUGGGUGAGUUUAAAGGCGGCAGCAUCGAGGUCACCAACGUGGAUCAUAAGAUCGGCUUCGACAUUGAGUGUGUGCGGCUCGUUGUCACCGCCAGUCAGAAAGAGUGGCUCAUCAUCAGGACUAUCAGCUUAUGGACCACACAGCCUGUGAGCCAGUUCAUCAACUAACAGAGGGAUGUUAUAAUCUGUAAUGUACAGGAUCGAUUUGGGAGUUCAUUUUGGACUACUUCUUGGAAAUUACGUUUAUGGGAUUCAAAGCAAUCCAUAUUUUCUUGGGUUGUUCAGAGAUCUGCUGUAUAGCUGCGUUUCCACCACCUGGUACGACUCGCCUUACCUCAGUUAAGUCCUGUGACCCGCCAAUGACAGUUCUCUCUGAUAUAAACAGACAAUAAACCACUCUAAUAGUGUCAGAAUCGGCCAAGUCAUUGUGGAACUUUAGUCCAUAUCGGCUAUAAAGCUAAUUGACAUGCUGAUUGUAAAAAUUGCCCAACUGGCGCAUACUGUACUACACAUUUCUAACAUGAAACUUUGGGGUAUUGAACAUUUCCGGGUUCCCAACAGGACUCUAUGAGCCGCCAAAUAGACUUUAAUGGAAACCCAAACAGAGUAAGACGAUGGAGCGUCCAUGUGGUGGAAACGCAGCAAAUUAUGUUUUCUAGGGCUGUACCGAAUGUGAUGUUUUUAAUGCAAAGCUUUUAUUGGAGGUGUUUGAAAGAAGCUCCAAAUGUCUGUUGUCAAUACUGUGUAGCAACAUCCUGAAAAUAUUAUGGAAAACAGAAUUAUUUGAUUUUGUUAUGCUGUAUAAAUGUAAAUGAUGUUGCAGUGAGAUCGCUGCACCUUUAAAACAGGAAGGUGUUUCCUUUUGUGUGCUGAGAGUUUUUUGAAGAGGGAGAGUGUGAAUUAUGUUUUUAAAGGCUUUACACCAAUUAAUAUGAUUGAAGAAGAUUUACUUUAAUCAGAUAAACACAUGUUGUUAAUUUGGGAAAUUAUCUAUCUUUUUGCAAUAACUCAAAACAUUGUGGAGUUAUUUUAAAUGUUUAGAUCACUGCAGUCAGAAAGAAACACAUCUACCACUGAAAUGUGUGUAUGAAUGAUAUAAUACUAAUAUUAAUAGUAUAGCCGUAUCUUUAUCUGCAACUGUGCAGAAAUACCUGGUUAGGACAGAAUGAAUUGUCAUUUGCUUCUUCAAAUUAUUUGGUACAGCCCUAUAGAGAGGCGAAGUCCCGCCCAUCUACUUCCGACCCAUGGGACC